AUGACGUCAUUUUGUGGUCACGCAGAUGUAGUUGAACCACCUGAUGAUGAUGCACUUAUUUCUGAGACAUCUUUAAAUAAUGCGCGACAUGUUCCUGAGCUCUCAAAGUCCCCAACACAACCUUCCCAACACUCCCAUAAUUCAUCGGUUUUAUCAUCUGAAACCAUUGAUGACUUCACCUUGUUCCGGCGGGCUGAUAGCAAGGAGAAAAAUAAGAGGAAGAGGGCGAAGAAAAACCCCUACAACCUCAGCGCCACAGAAGAGGAGCUGAUGCUGGAGUUUAUCAUGGACAAUCCUGUGCUGUGGAAUGUGUGGAAUGUGAAGAUGACAGAUUAUAGGCGGAAAGACAAGAAAGAGAAGAUCUGGGAAGAGCAAACACAUCAGAUGAAUAAGACUGUUGACAUCCUCAAGGGCUGGUUCAGAUCGUUGCGCGACACCCAUACGCGCCUUGAGAAGAAGAAAAGCGGGGAUAGUGCUCCAAACCUGACUGAGAGAGAAAAGUUUGCCUUCCUGAAGACUGUCACUCGCCACCGACCGGAGCCCAUGCAGAGUGUGAAGGAUACCAUCCAGCUUUAA